UCCCUGGUUUGAGAGUGAAGGGGAAGUAAGUGUAACUAAGGCUGCGUGUGGAGUCAGUUGAUCAUCACCUGAGCCGGGCACCGUUCUGCUACUUUUUUGUUGUUGUUGUUGCUCAGCAUCGAGACAGCUAUGGAGGGGGGAUUACCCUGGCGGAGGGAGAAGCUCGUGUUUUGUUUCUGCUCUGUUCUGUUCUCCAUGGUUGGAGCUAAAAGUGUGAUGUCCCAUGCCCACCCCACAGUGAGUGUCUCUGCCCCCCACCUGUACUACACCUGUCCCGAGGGUGCAACUGUCAAACUGGUGUGUGCCCAGAGAGGUGCUGCCUUGCACUCCACUGAUGUCUUGAAGCACAGCUGGCUUUUCACGCCCCAUAGCGACCAGCACUGUUUGGAGAGGGAGGGCCCACGCCAUGCUAACAAAGGUGUUCAUUCCCAUGGCAACCACAGCUCGCCGCCAGGGUUGCAAUUUGGAUUUUCAGAGCAGAAUUUCUGGGUGACUCUGCAGAAUGUAACCCACAGUGACCAGGGUCGCUACUGCUGUAUGGUCCUUGACUUCGAGGUGGUAAAUAAACAUGGCUCCCUGGUGCAGAGAUCCCACAGCCAUAUUGUUCUCCAUGUUACACCACGGAGAAAUGGAUCUCAAGAUUGCACUGUCUGGGAUCCCACGCCAUCUGGAGGCGAUGUGCCAGUGGCCUUGGCCCUAGCAGCUUGCAUCUUGGCUUUGCUCGCUCUGCCUCUUAUUUUGGUGCUCGUGUACAGACAGAGGCAGAACGUCCAUUCGAGCAGACGUGCACAAGAGCUGGUGAGGCUGGACAGUGAGGCCCAUGGCCAUGAAAACCCAGUAUUUCUUGGCGGAUCACCACAGAUUAAGACCCGUACCGUUUCUCAGAUCAUGACCAGACAGGCCUCUGAGACAGGACGCCACCUGUUGUCUGAGCCAGGAACCCCUCUUUCUCCUCCAGCACAUGGGGACGUAUUCUUCCCAAUAGAGGACACCAUCCCUGAGUCUCCAGACUUCCUGCAGAUUUAAAGGGGGUGAAACCUAAUUCAUCGCUCUAACUGCUAACCUGGAAACAGUCUACAAUUCUCUUCCUCUUCUAUCUGCCCUCAGACCGAUGUUGCUGUUUCACAAUAACCUCUGCUGGGGUUAUCAUCUGUGCAUUGUCUGGACCGCAGGAGGGAACGGACUGUUUCCACCUGCAACAACAGCUGGAGGCCAAAAGCAAACUUUUGCUUGUGCGCACUUCUGUUGCGGCGGGGGGCUGGGUUUGUGGUUGACGUUCCAUCUAAACGCUGACAACUGCUCGUGUACCAAAAGGGGCAUUAGUCUGGUUGGGCCUGCUGCUCGAGAUGAACCCGGGAUGCUGAGGUUGGGGGUCCUGCGAUGUUCAGGGGUGGAAUGUUAAGAAUGAAGGAGUUUCUGUCGACUCUAAAGCUAUUUCCAAAUGUAAGUUGUUUUGUAAGGUUCAAACUUUCUUCCUACUGUGUUUGAUGUGGCAGUUCCUCAUUAAAAAAUAAGAGCAUAGUGAACACACAGUGCCGCCACCACCCUCCCCAGCCCAUGUCUCCCUUCAAAUGUAAUUUGGUAAGUCAGUGGGAUCACAAACCAGAUCGAAGACAACAAUGUCUUGUUGUGUUUGAAUGAAACCACGUUUGAAAGUGACCUAAGGCUCUCUCUCAUCCCUGUCACUGUAAUAAAGUGUUCUAAUAGCGUCUUUUGGUACCAAAGGACGCUAUUGGUACCAAAUUCUAUCGUCAGAUAAGUCCUAAUAUUCUUGUACUAGUCGACAGUAAUUUGUUGUUUUAUGGCAUUACACUGUUCCUCUUUAUCAUGUCCACUUGGCCUCGGCUUCUUUUUUCUUCCCUCUUUGUUACCUCAGUUACCGUCAGGUCUGUUGCUCUAAAUACUCUCCUUCCUUACUGUUCUCUCAGAAAGACAGCACUUCACAGUGGCCUUAAAUAUACUUAUUAAGUGCUGAAAAUUUUAGUAAGUACGGUAUUUAGGAAAAAACUGUUGGUUCUUUUUGAUAAUAGUUGAUUAUUGUCAGUGAUGCUUGAGUAGAGUUUGAUAAUUAAGAAUAAAAUGUUUAUUGAUUUUCUCUUGAAUGUAGCCUUAUAGAUUUUUAAUUUAAAAAAAAAAACACCAUAGAACUGCCAUCCGUUUUGUUGCUGCCAUCACAAUGCUGUUUUGUGAAUAAUUUUGUAAUUUUUAAUUUUUUGUUGUGUUGUGUAUAUUAAUCUUCACUGCUGUUCUUUGUGUGCAAUGGGACUGUUAAAAAUUAAAUACUAUGUAGCACAUGUGAGAAUGAUAACCAAAGCUUAAUCAUAUCAAGGUAGAUUAAAGGAGGAUGAGAAGUGACUGCAAAAGUUUGCAAUGUUGAUAUCACUUGGUCUGUGAGUAAUUGUUUGAAACCACUGGUGGUUUCUUUCAUAUCGAGGUAAAAUGUGUACAGCAGGUGUGAAGGACAGGGUAUUAUGUAUGUAUGUGUAUUUUUAACUCUUUUUUUUUUUAAUACUGCCUAUUGAAUGUGCCUGUUUGUGUGUGUGUAUAUAUGCUUUUAAAUCUGGGGUUAAAAUCUCAAAAAUACACAGAAAUGCCGUGAAAGUAUGUUUGCUCUGUAUAUUGCAUUUAAAUUGUCCUGGUUGUAGCUUGUAUAAUAAAGUGGAGCUCUUAAACC